AAAGCAAUACUUGAACCAUGACUUCCCAAAUGAAAAAGCCACUAAUUUUAAUACUUAGUAAAUACAUGUUGAAUCGCACUUAUAAAUGAUUAAUCAACCAUUGAUUUAGGAUGGUAAAUUAUGCCCACUGAUUUAAACAACCAAAUUAGAAGCACAAAAAGGCUCUCCUCCUACUCUCACUCUCUCACCCUCGUUUACAAACAUAAUACCAAUCUCAUAUUUGAUGUUUCCCUCCAUCACACAAAUAAUUCACCUUCUUCCUCCACCACUACUUGUCACGGUCGGUUCAGGCGGCCGUCCCGCCGCUGCUCCACCGUGGCCCCCCUCCCCCAACAUCCAUCUCCAAAAUGGGUGAGCCCAAGACCAAUCAAUCCAUGAUUGUUUCAUUGCCAUUGCCGCCUCUCAAACCCACAUCACCACGCCCAACGCCGCUGUGGAAGAAACGGAGAGCCCUGUUGAAACAGCUAUCCUUGAGCGAGAGCCCCCGGAAUGUUGCCUGGGAGAGGAGGCGCCGUCUCAAUCACAUAAAAGAAAAGAAGAAGAAGAAGAAAGAUGAAUCUGGCUCUGCAGCAACUGAUGAGUUGUCGGAAGAUCUCAAAGAGCUCAAAGGUUGCCUGGAGUUAGGGUUUGGGUUCAAUGAUGAUGAAGGCGGUCAACGGUUGACCAAUACUCUACCUGCCCUUGAUAUUUACUUCGCCGUCAACAGGCUCGGCAGCCCCAACGGCGGUAACGUCUCACCGGGACCUAAACUUGACGGGAUAGGCUCGCUGUCGUCAAAAUCAGGAACAUCGUCGUUCGGCAAUGAAGAUCCAUGGAAGAUUUGUAGCCCAGGAGAAGAUCCGCAGCAGGUCAAGGCAAAGUUGAGGCACUGGGCACAAGCGGUUGCUUGUUCCGUGAUACAGUCUUCUUGAAGGAGCAAAGAGGGGGGAGGGAUACAACCACACGCUCGAAUCAAAUGAGAAUACAGAAUUUAGAACUAUAGAUUCUCACCGGAGACAAGUUGAAUGGCGAGAUGCCGAGAUCCCGAUCACCGACAUAAAAGUGUUGAUGGUUGUCUGAGUAAAUCUGGUGGAUUCGGGGGAUCAAGUAAACUCUAUCAAAUUAUGUAAGAAUCACAGAGAUGCUGUAAAUUAUGAAGUUAAUAUAUGACCACAAUUUGUUUACGAA